GGUCCGCUUUUUGUAUACUAUAUGUUUAAAAAAUUAAAAACUGGAUGUUAAUGUCUGACCCGCUUUUUAAAAAAUCCGCUCCUGAUUCGUCCAUAGCGAAUAUGAAUGCGAAAAUGACAACAAACUCGACUCGAAUCCAAGAAACUGGGUGCGGCGCCGCGUGCCUCAGGAUAAAGACCCACUCACUUUACAUACCGAAAGGAUCGGGGACACAGGAGGAGCAAGGGAGACCUCCCCCAACAAAGGACAACAUGCAUAUGGUUAGUUAGACGAGGCAUGGCCACCUGCUGGUCACACCCAAUCGGUUCGGUUACUUUCGCUUCUCACUAAGAUGGUAACUGCUAAGGUCUGGGCGGGAUUUCGCGGCGCCGGAAUAUGGCCUAAUGACUGUGACAUUUAGGGGCUGGCGUACGGAACUAUGUGCAUGCAAUUACAAAAGUGGACGCAACUCGCUAUAUAAGGCCGAAUCAACGAUCGGUUGCUCGACAAAAAUGCUUGCAAUAUUAUUGAUUCUAAGUAUAAGUGGAGCUAGUGUUCAGGCAGCAGAGUACCGACUGGUGUUUGAGGACCCAGACAUCUACUCGUCAUGUACAGAUGGUCCACAUGGGUCCAUAGGAGUUUACGACGCCUUUAACAUGGAUGACAUGGUAUUCGAUCAGGACGAGGAAGGCAUUCACAUUUCGGGGAAUAUCACAACCAAAUGGGAUUUUCCACGCUCGGAUCGCCUUUCAGCCAGGUUCCAUAUAAUGCACUACGACCGAGGCACUUGGGAACCGACAAUUAUCAACCAUCAUUCACCGGACUUUUGUGCUGUGAUGUUCGAUGAGAAUCUGUUCUGGUUUAAAUAUUGGUUUGGAAACAUCGUUAACCGUGAGGAGCUUCAAGAACAGUGCAUAACUACGAAAGGCACCGUUUGGGUAUUUAAACCGUUCCUUAUGAGUAUGCGCAUUCAAAACAUACUCAUUCCCAAUAUUCGUGGACGCUAUAAAGUUGUGUACACCUUUGAAGCGUUCGACGAAAAUAACAAACGCCAAACACCAUCCUUGUGUUUCGAAAUUAGAGGAGAUGCUGAAAAGAUAAAAUAACAACAAAAACUUCAAAUGAUUUCACUACACUACUGUACAUAUUAAGUAUUUUAAA